UACUUAGCAUACAAUAUUUCCGGUAAUAUGUUACAUUACAUGUGCCUGUUCUGUAUUCAAUCAUUAUGUUUCUAGAAAUGGACCAUUUUUACAAACAGCGAUUGGAAUGAUGAUAAAAGUCAAACAUGGCCAAAUCUAAUGAAAGUACUUCAAAUAUCCCAGAUGAAUUGAAAGAGAAACUGGCAUCUUUAGAUACAGCUUUAACACAAGUCGAGUCUAUCUUCCAGCCUUUGCUGGGAACUAAUCAAUCUGAGCUCUACGAAAAGUUAAAUGCAAUGGACAAAGCAAAAUUAGAGCUGGCAGGAGUGUACUCCAUCAACUCAUUGUUCUGGAUGUAUCUAAACAUUUGUGGAGUGAACCCAAAGGAACAUGGUGUAAAACAAGAAUUGGACAGGGUUAGGAGUUACAUGGACAGAGCAAAAAACAUAAAAGACAGGGAAAAGGCUCCAAGAGUGGACAAGGCAGCCUCCAAGAGGUUCGUCAAAAGUGCACUGUGGAAAGCUGCUCAGAAACAACAGAAUCCUGCUGAGAGCGAAGGGGAGAGUACUCCAGGUCCAUCACAAAACGUGGAAGAGGCUCCUUCCUCUUCAAAAGCUGACACACCUCACACGGAAGACACCACAGAACCACCCACCAAAAAAAGGAGGAAACAAUGAGCCUUCUCUUAUAUCAGUGCCAAUAAGAUGAAAAUUCCUUGUUCCAUGAUGCCAUGUUUACAUGACGCUAUAAUUUUUAAAAAAUCGUGGAUAAUAUUUGUUUGACAUUAUUGCUAAGAUCUCUAGUUAUUUCACUGAAGCUGCUUAACCAGGAGCACGAGAUGGGCAUUGUGUGAUGUAUGAACAGAACAUGCCAUGAAAUGAAGUCCAGACUGUAUUGUUUAGUUUGUUUAUACAUGACUAAAUAACUGUACAUUAAAUAUUACAAGUGUU